AUGUCGUCGUCGUCGUCGUCGUCGAUCUUCCAGCCUCGGAAGGCUCUGCUGAAUACAUCUAGCGCGGUAAGCAAACCGCCGACACCUGCGGCAGAAGAACUCACCAAGAACAAGUACUACUGCGUGUCGAAGUUGCCAGGCGUUCCAAACAUCUUCAAAUCACAAUUGUUUGCAAACGCAUACUCCGAUUCGGAAUCCAAUUUCUCAUUGGUGAUCAAUGACGAGUCGAUAUAUGUCUGGAGCUACAAGUCCGCCGACGUGUCGCCGUUUUCAAUCCAUUUCCCCAUUGACAAAUCGAAAUUCCAACUACCGAUGGCUAUUUUGACUCGGCCUUCGAGCGGGGCAGGCCAAGACCCGGGAUUGGUGAUAUUGGACUCUGUGACGGGGUUGAUCAAAUUCUACGAGAGUGUGCAGCAUGCUCCAACUUUGGGAUUGAUCAAUGACAAGUCGUGGGAGCUGCAAAUUAGCUUGCAUGAAGGAGAGUACAUUACUCUUGCUGAGAAUUUGGAGCCCGCGGGAGUGGCCGUUGCCACGUCGAUGCAGAGGUGUAUAUUGAUUUCGCUUCGAGAUUUCAAAAGCAAGCCGCACUUGUCGACUUUAGAGAUUUUGAAACCAAAUGGCGGGAUAUUUGCAAGAUUCUUUAAGCCUUCCGAAAGCGAGAUUGUUGCCAUCAGAUCGGGAGAAGUCACGGAACAUGGCACUGUGCAGCAAAUAUUGAUCUUGGACUCUGUGGGGACGUUGCAUUCCAUAUGCUACAUCUUGCUUUCAGCCAGCACCGCGCCCUAUGUCGACAAGAGGAACUCGUUCAAACAAAACCUAUACAUCGACAAUGCAUACCCAGGAUCAAGCAAUGCUGCACGUUUCUUGGAUAUCUGGCCCUUGGAACAAAAAAAUUAUUUCUUGACCUUGUGUGAGCUGGAUGGGAAGCUUCUUCUUGCCACCUUGGGAGCUGACAAAUCCGGCGUUUUGUUCUUUGGAUCACACCAGUUAAAGAGCGUUAAGCAGCUACCUAAAAAUCCAAAGCUAUUCUUGCCCAAGCCUGGGAAAACGGCAUUUGUCAUUGUCGACACAUCUAUAAUCAUGACUGACAUCAACACGUCGUACAUAGAAUCAAAGAGCACGUUUGCAUAUUAUUCAGCGCGUUGGGAAGACAUUAUAAGACUCAAGCCAUCAACAACGAUUAUUGGGUACGGGUAUGAGAACCAGUCGCCAAUAUCGAAUCCUGCCAUUAUUUUGCUCACCAAGGAGUUUGGAGUGUUGAGAGUGGAAAGGUUCCAACAAGAGGUGUCGAGCGAAGAAAUCAAUGAUCCAGUGGUUGUAGUGAAAUCCCACAUUGAACAGGCUAUUUUCUACUCCAACGCUGACGAAAUAAACUUUGAUCUCACCCCGCAGAGAUUCGACGACCGGAGCACCAUUCAAGAGGCCGUAGAGCAAAUCAUGAAACAAGUGUUGAGUUCCACGUCCCCUUACUUGCCAUCGACACUUCCCUCGAUUGCCGAUCUUACCGAGCUCAAGGUUGGCAUAUUCAAGGCAUUUAUCAACUACUGCCAAAGGAAUUUCCCCGACUUGAACGUUGUUGCGCCAAUCGUGGAGAAUCUAGAAAAAACCAACUGCGCCUUGAAUUUGUUAAAGUACAUCAAUGCCCACCCUUUGUACAAGUCUGAAUUUGAAAAGCUCCAACCAAACAUUAGAGAGUUUUUUGCACACGAUAUUGAAAACAUUGGUGAAGUGUUAACGGCUUACUUGAAGGCAUUGGCAAAAGAGUCGAAACCUGUGGCACCAUUGAUUGUCACAACACUCUAUGACGGUGUUUACUUGAACAGCAUAGAGUACCCACUGAACUCUUUUUCAAGCUUGUCUUGGAUUUACGACACGAGCAUCAUAGAAGACGUUGAAAAUUACUUCACACGUGAUUUCGUUGAAGGAAAUUGCAAAGACAAACGAGAAGCGCACCGGAUUGUUCAAGUUUUAUAUUAUUUUGGUCUGAAAAGGUUGCAGUACCUCAAGGAUCAGGGCAGUGAUGAUGAGGAAGCGCACGAGUACGAGUCUCUGCUCAAGGCGGGGAACUAUCAAAGGAUCUCUGUGUUGAUAGAGCUCAACUUGGACGACGAGGCUAUUGAGAUUGCCGAAAGAUUUCAAGACUAUUCGGCGCUCGCUCGAAUCUUGGACACCGAGAGCGAUAGAGUGCCGAUUGAAAGUUUAAACUACGUGCAAUACUUUAAUGAAUUCGGGUAUCCAUUUGCAGCAGCUGUAUACGAGCACUAUCUCAAGGACGACAAGAUUCAAAAUUUGCUACUCAACUUUACCAACUUUAAGCCUUAUUUGCUCCGGUACUUUGAUGAAAACCCGCAACAAACAGCCGAGGUUUCCUGGAUAAGGUACCUCUUAGACUCCAAUUACACGAAAGCUGCCGAUGCAUUGGGGACAGCCGUUUCCAGCGAUGUGCUAAACAUUGAUAACCAGCUAACUCAACUUUCCGUCAUGAAGUUACUGGGCGUUGCUGGUGGGAGUAAUAACAACAACAAUAAGUCAAUCAAACUGAUUGAUGACGAAUUGUUGAAAAUCCGGUACCAAAUAUUGGUGAGAGAUGUUGUUGCACGAGAUGGGAGAAUCGAGGCUGUAAAAGAGCUGUCAUUUAUUGAUAACUGCAUCAACCCCAAGAUCAACAAACAGGAUGCGAGAGAAACCGUUCGUGGGUACUAUAAUCAAUUCACGCAGAAUAUGAAGCUACUGGUGCAACAUUUGAUCGAUUUGUUGGUGACCAUCGACCCAAAACAGGUGAAAAAUCUCAGCUAUGUGUAUGCUUUGCAAGUUGCAAACACCGUUGCGAGCAAAGAGCUGCGCGAACUUUACAGUUCGGAGAUCAUACUUUGGUUAUUAACUCUCGGCAGCAGCUACGAGCCAAAUAAGCAAGACCACGAUGACGAAGGCUUUAAAAAGAGGAUCCAGGAAAGUACACUUUACAAGACUCUUGCAAGCGAGCCGGCCUUGGUAAUCAACCAGUUGAAGUCUUUUAUUGAGAAUCCACGUUUCAAUGGAGCGCUCCAAAACAAAUAUCUUGAUGGGUUGCUUGAGGAUUUAAAAACCUUGCUCAAAGAAGAGAGCUAUAGAAAGUGGGUUGAAGCAGCUGUCGAGCAAGCGAGGGCGGAUUCAUCAAACACAGCAAACUGA